AUGGAGUUUGCAGAGAAGUGGAAUGAGGGACACUACGGACCACGUAAAUUCUGGAGGUUAUGCCUACCGCGCCUGAAAUACUGGAAUCCCGCCAUCCCCAUGAUCGUCAACCGCACAAAGGACCAGGCCGGCCCCGCGACAAUGAGCAUCUACUUCCGCCAAGGAUCAGCCGAUGCCACCAAGUCCUCAAAACAUCAACUGCCGUCAUCCGCGGAAGGACUGUCCAAGGCGCCGUCACCGGAGGAGGAUGAGAAGGUCGUCACGAUCGACAUGAAGAGCCAACACUCGGACCAGAUCCUCAAGGAGUUUCUCGAGAAGACAGGCGCAGUGCCCGUGGUCCCUACUCCUCAGGAGGAGAUAGAGAUGCAGGAGGUCCAGGAGCGUAAGGAGAGGGGCGACAUUGACCGAGAGGUGAUGCUGAAGUAUCUAACGCAGCAAAGGCGUGAGGCAGCUCUCAUGGCUCAGGCAAGAAACGAGGCGGCUGCGAUGAAGGCUGCCAUCUAA